AUGGACCAGUCAACAUCAACGUCCGUUCGGCCAGAAAAGCCGCAUGAUGCAACCUCCGCCGCUCCAAGUGAGGGGAAGCAACCCCAGCCGACGCCGCCGGCAAAGGUAGAACAAGCAGCGCAAAAGGACGAGGAUGGCGAUGAUGAUGACGGUGACGAUGAUGAAUCGGACCUGGAUGAUCUCGAUGAUGUUCUCGACGACUUUUCCAAACCAGCCAACGCCAACAAACAAAAACAACCCGAAAAUGCCCCUCCACAGCCUACCAUCACGACCAGCGAAAGUGAACCAGGAAACGACGACGACUUCGAUGAACAAGCCUUCAUGAAGCAACUCGAACAAGACAUGGCCAACAUGAUGUCCCAGGCCCAGCAGGAAUCCGGAUCCUCCGAUAACAAGGAAUUCCAAGACACCAUCGAACAAGGCGCGGAUGCGUUCGCGAAACAGUUGGAGGAUAGCGGAGUGCCGCCGGGUGAUUUCCUCAAGCAGCUUUUGGCGGAAGUUAUGGCUGAAGAAAGUGGUGAUAAGGAUAAGAGUGCUGGUAAAGGUGCCGGCAGUUCAAGCGCAGAUACCAAAGCCAAUAAAGCCAAUGCCCAAGCUACUGCUGCUACGGCCGUGACAGAUAAAACUCCUGAAUCCUUCAAUGAGACUAUUCAACGCACUAUGAACCGCAUGCAAGAGUCCGGCGACAAAGCUACCGCCGCUGCCAGCGAGGACGAUGACAUCCCCGACGAGGUUCUCCUCCAGCUUCUCAAGGCCCUCGAGUCCACCGCCUCGGGCAACGAAGACGAUAUCCAGAAGAUGUUCCAGGGUUUCAUGGAGAAGGUGUCAAGCAAGGAUAUCCUGUACGAGCCGAUGAAGGAACUGGAGGGCAAGUUUGAGCCGUGGAUUGCGGAGAAGAAGGGCAAGGGAGAACUCAGCGACGAAGAUGUCAAGCGAUAUCAGACGCAGACGAAGAUCGUCAAAGAUGUGGUUGCGAAGUUCGAGGAGCCGGGGUAUUCGGAUGAGGAUCCGAAGUGUAGGGAAUGGGUUUGGGAGAGGAUGCAGGAAAUGCAAAAUGCAGGAAACCCACCCGACGAACUCAUCCCCAACCCUCUUGGAGACAUGAGCGGCGCUGGCGGGCAAGGAGCGGUUCCCCCGGACUGUGUCCCGCAAUAA